AACCAGUUUGGAAUUCCUCCAAGUACUCAGAUUUUACACGGCUGUGGUCAACAGGAUGAGGCUACUUUGCGGCAAGCUGGAUUGGAAGAAUUGACAGAGCUCCUUACAGUUCGCAGCAGAGAGAAACCAUCACCAAAAAGCGAAAGUUCUAGUUCAAGUUCUUCGCUUUCAGAUAUUUCUUUAGAAUUUGAGUCAGAUUCUGAAUUUGGAGCCUCUAAUUGUGAAUUUUUACGCGAAGCUUCCAUUCAUCUACCCCAAAAUGUGAUAACCGAUGGAAGCUUUUCAUUUGCUGAUGACUACAAGAUGCGUUUUGGUGAUCCCACACCUGAUUUUUAUAUGGGGGAUUUGAAAAGUGCCUUUCAGAAUGUUUCCCAGCAACCAGAAGAGGAGAACAAACUACUGGCGAUUUACUUACACCACGAUGGCAGUAUUCUUACAAACAUUUUCUGCUUUCACGUUAUGAAGACCAAGAAAGUCUUGAGUACCCUGAAGAAUCACUUUAUUGUCUAUGGUGUGGAUAUAACCAAGGAAGAUAAAGCAAAUUGUUUCUUUGAUGAAGUUAGAACUACUAUCUCCGCUGAAGUAUCUAAUGCUGUCAAAGGUAUAGUGCUGGACAAGCUUCCAGCUUUCAUGCUUUUGAGUCGGGACUUUGGAGAUCGUCGCGUGGGUAUUUCUGUCAUUCAUGGAGAUGUUAGUGGGGAAGAGUUGGAUCAAAAACUUCUUGAACAGCACAAACUGCUAACGGAGUUGGCAUAAGAAAUGGAAAAUAAAUUUACAUUUAAUAUAAUAAAUUAAUAAAGUA